GUCGCUCCCGAAUCCAUUCUGCCCGUCCUUCUUCUCCAUGUCUCGCCGAGUGGCCGCCUUGCUCGAACCCCGACUAACAGUGCUUUCACCUCUCCCAAGUUGUUCCCGUCCGUUCUCAAUGCGCUUGCCUCCAUCAGCGUGGAAAAGGCCGACAGCCAUCCCACUGCCGUCGCUCUUGAAAACACUCAAGACAGGACGAAGCUCUUCGUCGCCUGUGACACUGGCGUGUCCACCCAGCUCAGCGACCACCUCUCGUCCAUCUGGGUAUUGAUACGCCAAAUCAGCAACCGGGUUCCUCUCCACCUUGCCUCUCCCCAGGCCAACACCCGUGCGUUUUCUGACAAGGAGAUUCGUGAAUGGGAGCGUCAGCUCGCUGCUCAGAUCUACCGCUUCUCUUGGCAUAAGUUUUGUGCCCGCAUUCACAAAAGAAUGGAUAGCCUCUUGGACGGUUUGAAGCUCAUGGUGGAAUCCAGCGCAGAAACUCAGCAGCCGGAACGACACAAGCUCUGCAAGUACCUUCUGGAUUCUUUCUAGUCCGUUCGCACGGUCGUCACCAACACUUGCCCAAACGAUACGAUGCUCGUCGGCAUCAACACUGCUUUCCUGGCUCUCUCGGCAGGCCUUCGACCCUACCUUGAUUCCCAUCAUUCCCUCUUGGGGAUUCUAUUCAACACCGCAUGAGGAAUUGUCGCAUCAUCGACUUUUUAUUCCCAUCCGACCCUAUCUCGAGAAAACCUUCUCGCUCAUGCGCUGUCACCAAACCCUCCUUUCAGCCGCUCACUCCCGAACGUAC